CCGGGGCCCGCCACGAUGCCCCGGCGGAAGCAGAGCCACCCGCAGCCGGUGAAGGGUGAGUGCGCGGCGGGCCCGGGGGGCGGCGGCGGCGGCCCGGCGGGGACCCGCGGCGCUCGGAGCGCUGCAGCGGACGCCGAGGAUGGCACCGAGGAGACGGCAAGAGCGGCGGUGGUGCUGCCCGGGGACCUGCUGCUGGGCCGUGGCCCGGCCUCCGAGAAGGGACCGCCAGCAGACACCCUGGUGGGGAAGAUCGCCAUCCCAGCGUACGCCCUGAGCGACGACGACUGCUCGUCCGGGUACCAGCAGCUGAGCGUGGAGAGCGACCCCGAGGAGGGCGGCGAGCCGGGCCCCGCGGCGCUGCCCUGCCGCCAGUGCGGGCUGCAGCUGGCUGCCAGCCUGGGCCAGAGCUGCCUGCAGUGCGCCGGCGCCGAGGGCGGCCGCAGCCAGCGCAUCGUCUACUCCUGCCAGCUCUGCCCCUUCGCCUCGCACUACUCCAGCCACCUCAAGCGCCACAUGAAGACACACAACGGGGAGAAGCCCUUCGCCUGCCCGCAGUGCGCCUACGCCUCCGCCCAGCUGGUGAACCUGACGCGGCACCUGCGCACGCACACCGGCGAGAAGCCCUACCGCUGCACGGGCUGCAGCUUCGCCUGCAGCAGCCUGGGCAACCUCAAACGCCACGAGCGCGUCCACAGCCAGGACAAGCCCUUCCAGUGCGCCGCCUGCGACUACCGCUGCAACCAGAGCCGCAACCUGAAGCGGCACAUGCUCAGCCACCGCCUGCCCGAGGGCGAGGGGCCGCACCGGCGGGACAAGGACCCAGAGCCGCUGCUGCCAGAGCUGAGCCUGCACGUGGGCAGCGGCAGCGGCCCCUUCCUGCCCGGCUGUGCCCGGCUGCGGGGCGAGGAGGCGGCCGCGCUGCCCGAGCUGCUGUUCCCCUUCACGUGCCGCAUGUGCGGGCUGGUGCUGGACGACGGCUUCGCGCAGGACGAGGGCCUGGCCGAGCAGGUGUGCGGGCGCUGCAGCCUGGCGGUGCUGGGCACCGAGCCGGGUGCCAGCCCCCGCAAGGGCGCCGGGGACAAGGGCUUCGCCUGCAGCCUGUGCCCCUUCGUCACGCACUACCCCAACCACCUGGCGCGGCACAUGAAGACGCACAGCGGGGAGAAGCCCUUCGCCUGCCCGCUCUGCCCCUACGCCUCCGCCCACCUGGACAACCUGAAGCGGCACCAGCGCGUGCACACGGGCGAGAAGCCCUACAAGUGCCAGCUCUGCGACUACGCCUGCGGCAACCUGGCCAACCUCAAGCGUCACGGGCGCAUCCACUCAGGCGACAAGCCCUUCCAGUGCAGCCUCUGCAGCUACAGCUGCAACCAGAGCAUGAACCUGAAGCGGCACAUGCUGCGGCACACGGGCGAAAAGCCCUUCCAGUGCCGGGACUGCUCCUACACCACCGGGCACUGGGACAACUACAAGCGCCACCAGAAGAUCCACGGCCACACGGCCGAGAGCUGGGUGAACCCGCGCAAUGCCAAAGCCCUCCUGGCCCCCCCAGCCGUGGGCACGGCCCUGCCCUGAGACAGCACUUAGCCCGGCAGGGGCCCGGGGUGCCUGCCCUCCCUGGGGGAGGGAGGACAGGCGGGCACCUCCGGGGGGCUCAGGGCUGCCUUACAGCAGGCCCAGAGGCACACUGGGCCUCGGCAGCCCCGUCCUGCCUGGGCAGGGUGAAGUGAUGACCGGCGGCUCUGAGCCCUGCCCGUGUGGCAGCACGGCCACGUCUCCAGCCACCCCAGCUGCCUGAUUCUGCCUGCCGGAGCCUUCCUCUGCCGGCGUUUGGGGACAAGGGGGGAGGGGGGAACAGGACUGGUUCCAUGGCGGUCGCCGUGCUGGUCGGUGUAA